GUGUACUCUCUCUCUCUCUCUCUCUCUCUCUCUCUCUCCUGGACUUAGCCUAAGCCUCACCCGGGAGAGGAGUGUCUUCUGUCUGUUCUUGGAGCUGCUUUCUGUCACUUCCCCGCCCAUCUGUGCUGUCAGCAGCACCGGCAAAGUUGGCCUCAAACUUGAACGGGGCUGAAGGCUCCAGCUUUCCAAAGCUCCGCGGGGGGCAUCAGGCAGGCCUCAGCCUCUGAACUCUGGCUGGCCCAGAGAAGUCGACCCCCUCCCCCUGCCAGGCUCCCGCUGGCCCUUGCUCCCGUGGGUGACCUUUCUGCCCCUGGGCCCCCAGUCUGGGCUGAGGAAUGGUGUGCUGAGGUCCCCCUGGAACUGAUCGUCUCAGUCUGGAGCUGGAGCAACCCAAGGCCCGAGCCGACAUGGCCAAUCCUGCGCAGCCUCAGUUUCCCCCAGCCCGGGAGCCAGGCACUGCCUCGCCCACAGACCUGCCGGAGAUGGAGAAGCUCCUCACUAAGGUGGAAGGCAAGCACGACAAGCCACUGAAGCUGUCCAAGUCCCUCUCGGGGGCCUUGGACCUGGAGCAGAAUGGCCAUGGCCUGCCCUUCAAGGUGGUGUCUGAGGGGCACCAGGAAGCCGCACUCCCCUGGUCGCCCUCUCGAGCCAGCUCUAGGCGGGCAUCCUCCGUUGUCACCGCCUCCUCUGCCCAGGACCAAGAAGUCCCCAGAGAUUACCUCAUCCUUGCCAUCACCUCCUGCUUCUGCCCCGUCUGGCCCCUCAACCUCAUCCCCCUCAUCUUUUCUAUCAUGUCUCGAAGUAGUGUGCAACAGGGGGACCUGGACGGGGCCCGGAGGCUGGGCCGCCUGGCCCGGCUGCUCAGCAUCACCUUCAUCAUCAUGGGAAUCAUCAUCAUCAUUGUGGCCGUGACCGUCAAUUUCGCAGUUCAGAAGAAAUAGAACUAACCAGAGUGCUGUGCUGGCAGGGACAGCCCCCGCCGGCUAGAGGCCUCCGCACACCCCCACCACCGCAGGAGGGCAGGACCACGGCUGCCAAGCGCCCACUCUUCCCUGAGCUCCCGAAGCACGGACUUGGAGUCAAGCCCCUAAGUCUCCCCACUGUCAGCCCACAUCAGAUGUGAAAAGCAAGAAGAAGAAAGGAAAUUAAAUUUCCUGUGAAACUGACGAAUAAUGAGGUUUAGUCUCAUGGACACAGCCUGGUAUUUGCCCUCAGUGUUCUGGCUUGUUUCUCGGCCCCACCGUUUCCUGGGAUCUAGCAAGCAGCAUAUUCUGCGUGUUGGAGGAGGAGCCAGUCCCACAAAUGAGAUGGACUGUGGUUGGGAGAGAAGCAGCGCAUUCCCUGCACGUCUGAUGACCGAGAGCCAAGACGUGGGACUUUCUCUUUUGUAUUUUUUUUUUUGGGGGGGGGUGUAAAAAAGACCACUUGCAUGCCUGUGCCACAUGCUUGCUGUGAUCCCAGCUAGUGCCCUGAGCCCAGGGACCCAGGUGCCGCUCAGCAUAGGCCCUGGGACCGGUUGGGCACACAAGAUGUGCAGCUGCCUGGAGAGAGGUGACCGCCACAUCCAUAAUAGGGUGGAUGUUGGUGAAGACAGGAGCAGGAACCGCAUGACCCACAGACCUCUUCUCUAACUUUUCAGCCUCAGGAGCAUCUCUGCUAAGAACUCUGGUCCCAACACGUCUCCGAGGAUGACCCAGUCUGCCUCUUGCUUCCUCCCUCCCUGUGCUGUCGCCUGGGGCACCAACCAAGUGGCCUGGGGCCUGACCCCAGCCCAGCUCAGCCAGUGGGGAGAAGCCUGGACCGGAGCUUGCCUCCUGCCUGCCAUGCCCUCCCUGAUGGUCUAGGGUACAAACUUGGGGCCCCAGGUGGGGCCUGGGCUCUGGCUCCCAGCCCGGCAGCACCGGCUGCUCUGUGCCUUCUCCUGUGCCCCUGGCCAUCCACAAAACAGCAAAGGCUUUCCCUGGAGAUUUUGGGGCCACCUCUGUGCUGAGGGCUUCCCACAGGCUCCCAGGCUGUUAGCAGUGUUAGUCCUGUUUGCAGGGGAAUGGGCCAGAGGUUUUUUUAUGAAGGUUUAUUGUUGAUUGGGUCUAGAGAGUUCUAGGACAGAGAGAAGAGCUGGGCGAAGAGGCCAGUCUUUGGGAGAGAGGGAGGCCCUGGGCUUGGGAACACACUCACAUACCUCCAGGCAGAGGUGACGCCAUGGCCUCUGUCUCAGGGCCUAAUGAGACACCUGAAAGGACUGAGCAGAACUCCUACCUGACUUCUGGCCUGGGAUUCUCCCCAGACCUCUGCCUGGCACAGGCUCUACCCACAGGGGCCUCUCCUGUGCCCACCUCCCUGGCUCGAUUUUCUUCCCAGACCCUCAGAGAGGGAUGUUCCAGGAUUUCCCACCUUGGGAUGCCCUGUCUAGUCUAUGGCUACUGCCUUUGAUAAGAGGGCAUGUUCCCAGCCACAGCCAGACCAGCCCCAGGCUGGCAAAGAAUGAUUCCCCUGCACCCAUUCAGGGCCCUCAUGCCUCCUCUCAGGGCCCUUUCCUGUCUCUGUGACGCUUCUCAGACUCCUAGGAAGGAGUCUGUUAGCUCUGUCUACUAGAAGGGUCCCCAGUGCAGCUCUGAGCCUUCUAGGAGGGACUUUGUGGCAGGGGAGGGGUGUAGGGCCCAGGGGCACUGGGUGGAUCCCUCUGGGGCCCCCGUUUCUGCAUUAGUUCCCCACCUGGGGAGCAAACUCCAACCUCUCCAUAUCCUAAAGGAGGGGUUGGGUUUGCUUUAUAGGACCUUUGAGGCCAAAAUAGAGAUGCCUCUGUGUUUUGGGGGAGGGAGGGAGGGAGCCCAGAGCAUUCGUGUCACUUUUGAAGUCAGGUCAGGCCAGGGGGUGAAUCACAAAGUCUAUGGAACUGGUGGUUCAUGAGGCCAUGGUCUCCUGGCAGGCCCCAGGGGUCCCAGCUUCAGCACCCCAGGGGGAAAGAGAAUAACCAGUCAGCCGGUUUAGGCAUGGUCUUGUGGGGGAGAACGAUGGCCGAAGUGGGGCUCUAUCUUGCACACUGUGACACACCCAGACCUGCCCUGGCCCCCGCAGUCACACCCACACAGACACACACUUGUUCACACUCAAAGCCCAGAACAGUCGAGAAAGAGAGGAGCCAGCAGCAGACAGCCACAGGACAGCUGGGAAUUCCUUCCAUUCAGGCAAGGACAACAUGGGAAUACUCUAGUUGUACCAAGGACGUAGCUCAGAGGCCUCUGAGGGUUGCAGAAGGAGCAGAGGCCUCAGGAGACUGACUCCCGGAGUAGAGAGGAGCACAAGGCCUGCACCCUGCGGAGAUAGGACUGGAGGGAGGGUCCCCCCUGACUCCCCUGUCGCCUCCACCCACAGGCAGCCUGGCCCCCCCCCAGGCCUAACCCCCUGCUGCCCCAGCUCCGUCGUGGGUCCAGCUGCUGGCUGCAUGAA